AUGGGACGGCAGCUCAGAGUUCAAAGACCACCAAUUCGCAAUAUCUCGGAUUUCCGUGAUCGUUGCUUAAACAUUUGGUACAAUCUGUCUCCGGCCAUCUACCAAGGACUUGUGGCAUCCAUGCCAAGGCGGGUUGAAGCUGUGUUGCGCGCCAAAGUCCAGCUUGAUGAAAAGAAGUCGAAUGCCUGCAGUCAUAGAAGUAUCGUCUUCAUAUCUGAGGGCAUGGCAGUGCCCCCACCAAGUCGAGCAAAAACAAGCGGCACCACCGUACCAUCCCUUUCCCGAAGCAGUUCAGGCCAUUUUCGACCCCUUAUAACAUCGUUUCUUCGGUUGGACCCGGGUUCAGUAGUUCUCAGCCAACUUCUGAGCAGUUUCCUGGCAUCCGAAGAAACAAAGCGAGUACUUUCUUUUCUUUUUCCUCCUAUAAGUGGCAGAAGAGAUAGGCGUGAAAUUAUGGUCAUACGUAAACAGUUUAUUGAAUUGCUCUUUGUAAGGAACUCUCACCCAACUUUCAAAAAAGAAUUGGCAUCUGAAGAAACAUUAUCUUCGGUUGGACCCGGGUUCAGUAGUUCUCAGCCAACUUCUGAGCAGUUUCCUGGCAUCCGAAGAAACAAAUCUUCGGUUGGACCCGGGUUCAGUAGUUCUCAGCCAACUUCUGAGCAGUUGCCUGGCAUCCGAAGAAACAAAUCUUCGGUUGGACCCGGGUUCAGUAGUUCUCAGCCAACUUCUGAGCAGUUUCCUGGCAUCCGAAGAAACAAAUCUUCGGUUGGACCCGGGUUCAGUAGUUCUCAGCCAACUUCUGAGCAGUUUCCUGGCAUCCGAAGAAACAAAUCUUCGGUUGGACCCGGGUUCAGUAGUUCUCAGCCAACUUCUGAGCAGUUUCCUGGCAUCCGAAGAAACAAAUCUUCGGUUGGACCCGGGUUCAGUAGUUCUCAGCCAACUUCUGAGCAGUUUCCUGGCAUCCGAAGAAACAAAUCUUCGGUUGGACCCGGGUUCAGUAGUUCUCAGCCAACUUCUGAGCAGUUUCCUGGCAUCCGAAGAAACAAAUCUUCGGUUGGACCCGGGUUCAGUAGUUCUCAGCCAACUUCUGAGCAGUUUCCUGGCAUCCGAAGAAACAAAUCUUCGGUUGGACCCGGGUUCAGUAGUUCUCAGCCAACUUCUGAGCAGUUUCCUGGCAUCCGAAGAAACAAAUCUUCGGUUGGACCCGGGUUCAGUAGUUCUCAGCCAACUUCUGAGCAGUUUCCUGGCAUCCGAAGAAACAAAUCUUCGGUUGGACCCGGGUUCAGUAGUUCUCAGCCAACUUCUGAGCAGUUUCCUGGCAUCCGAAGAAACAAAUCUUCGGUUGGACCCGGGUUCAGUAGUUCUCAGCCAACUUCUGAGCAGUUUCCUGGCAUCCGAAGAAACAAAUCUUCGGUUGGACCCGGGUUCAGUAGUUCUCAGCCAAAUUCUGAGCAGUUUCCUGGCAUCCGAAGAAACAAAUCUUCGGUUGGACCCGGGUUCAGUAGUUCUCAGCCAACUUCUGAGCAGUUUCCUGGCAUCCGAAGAAACAAAUCUUCGGUUGGACCCGGGUUCAGUAGUUCUCAGCCAACUUCUGAGCAGUUUCCUGGCAUCCGAAGAAACAAAUCUUCGGUUGGACCCGGGUUCAGUAGUUCUCAGCCAACUUCUGAGCAGUUUCCUGGCAUCCGAAGAAACAAAUCUUCGGUUGGACCCGGGUUCAGUAGUUCUCAGCCAACUUCUGAGCAGUUUCCUGGCAUCCGAAGAAACAAAUCUUCGGUUGGACCCGGGUUCAGUAGUUCUCAGCCAACUUCUGAGCAGUUUCCUGGCAUCCGAAGAAACAAAUCUUCGGUUGGACCCGGGUUCAGUAGUUCUCAGCCAACUUCUGAGCAGUUUCCUGGCAUCCGAAGAAACAAAUCUUCGGUUGGACCCGGGUUCAGUAGUUCUCAGCCAACUUCUGAGCAGUUUCCUGGCAUCCGAAGAAACAAAUCUUCGGUUGGACCCGGGUUCAGUAGUUCUCAGCCAACUUCUGAGCAGUUGCCUGGCAUCCGAAGAAACAAAUCUUCGGUUGGACCCGGGUUCAGUAGUUCUCAGCCAAAUUCUGAGCAGUUUCCUGGCAUCCGAAGAAACAAAUCUUCGGUUGGACCCGGGUUCAGUAGUUCUCAGCCAACUUCUGAGCAGUUUCCUGGCAUCCGAAGAAACAAAUCUUCGGUUGGACCCGGGUUCAGUAGUUCUCAGCCAACUUCUGAGCAGUUUCCUGGCAUCCGAAGAAACAAAGCGAGAACUCUCACCCAACUUUCAAAAAAGAAUUGGCAUCUGAAGAAACAUUAUCUUCGGUUGGAUCCGGGUUCAGUAGUUCUCAGCCAACUUCUGAGCAGUUUCCUGGCAUCCGAAGAAACAAAGCGAGUACUUUCUUUUCUUUUUCCUCCUAUAAGUGGCAGAAGAGAUAGGCGUGAAAUUAUGGUCAUACGUAAACAGUUUAUUGAAUUGCUCUUUGUAAGGAACUCUCACCCAACUUUCAAAAAAGAAUUGGCAUCUGAAGAAACAUUAUCUUCGGUUGGACCCGGGUUCAGUAGUUCUCAGCCAACUUCUGAGCAGUUUCCUGGCAUCCGAAGAAACAAAUCUUCGGUUGGACCCGGGUUCAGUAGUUCUCAGCCAACUUCUGAGCAGUUUCCUGGCAUCCGAAGAAACAAAUCUUCGGUUGGACCCGGGUUCAGUAGUUCUCAGCCAACUUCUGAGCAGUUUCCUGGCAUCCGAAGAAACAAAUCUUCGGUUGGACCCGGGUUCAGUAGUUCUCAGCCAACUUCUGAGCAGUUUCCUGGCAUCCGAAGAAACAAAUCUUCGGUUGGACCCGGGUUCAGUAGUUCUCAGCCAACUUCUGAGCAGUUUCCUGGCAUCCGAAGAAACAAAUUUUCGGUUGGACCCGGGUUCAGUAGUUCUCAGCCAACUUCUGAGCAGUUUCCUGGCAUCCGAAGAAACAAAUCUUCGGUUGGACCCGGGUUCAGUAGUUCUCAGCCAACUUCUGAGCAGUUUCCUGGCAUCCGAAGAAACAAAUCUUCGGUUGGACCCGGGUUCAGUAGUUCUCAGCCAACUUCUGAGCAGUUUCCUGGCAUCCGAAGAAACAAAACUUCGGUUGGUCCAGUGUUAAGUAGUUCUCAGCCAACUACUGAACCUGUUUCUGGAAUCCGAAGAUGA